CUCGUCCAUCUUCAAAUCCCUGUGACGUAAAGGCCAUGGCUUCGUCCGCAAAGAGCAUUGUGCCGGCCGCUGACCUUCAGUCAUUCACUGAAUAUUUGAAAGGCUGCAAGCGCAUCGUCGCUCUUCUUGGAGCUGGAAUCUCAGCAUCAUCAGGCUUACCCACCUUCCGUGGCGCGGGCGGACUCUGGCGAGCCCACGAUGCAACCUCCCUUGCGACUCCAGAAGCCUUCGAUGAAACUCCCGGUCUCGUCUGGCAGUUCUACAGCUAUCGGCGACACAUGGCCUUACAGGCCGACCCAAACAAAGCACACUACGCCUUAGCGGAGCUAUCGCGAAGGAAUGAAGACUUCAUCACAUUGAGCCAAAACGUUGACGGUCUCUCUCAGCGAGCCAACCAUCCCUCGAAGCAGCUGCAUCUUCUUCACGGCACUCUGUUCACUGUGAAAUGCAACAAUUUCUUUUGCAACUACAGCGAAGACAACUACACAGACCCCAUCGUUCCCGCCCUUGAAAUCCCAAAAAAGAGUUCAGGCCUUAACCCCUCUGCGACCGACAAGACCGGCGAGGAAGCAUCGAAAGCGAUCGCAGAAGCGCUGGACCCCACGAGCAACGAGGUCGACAUCUCCGAUGCCAGCAAUCCUAUCGCCACAGUGAACAAAAAGGACCUACCCCAAUGCCCGAAAUGCAAGGAUGGCUUGCUCCGACCGGGAGUCGUGUGGUUUGGAGAACCCUUGCCGGAGAAGACGAUCAAUGCUGUCGAUAAGUGGAUCGCGGCGGGUCCAAUUGACCUGUGUUUGGUCAUUGGCACCAGUGCGAGGAUCUGGCCAGCUGCGGGGUAUGUCCACGAAGCUCGUUCGCAGGGCGCCCGAGUUGCAGUGUGCAAUAUGGACCCCAAGGAUACACCGGGUGAACUUCAUUACGGUGACUGGUUCUUCCAGGGAGAUGCGGGUGUUAUUGUCCCUGAGAUACUCAAGAGCGUUAUUGGCGAGAUUUGAUUUCUAUGGGGGGGUGGAUAGCGGCGAAAUUUGAUAUUGGGUUUUACAUAAACUGGCGAUGAUGAGACACAUGAUGGUUAGAUGAUAAGGAGCUUCGGAUUUCAUAGAGUUACUAUUCCAAGGUGAAUCUACGGAGUUGUGCCAUUUUCCAUCAAU